AUUGGAAAUAAUACGGAAAUAAUGUGAGAUGUGGGGCGUUGGUGGAUCAAGCGACCUGUGAUUGCCACUGUUUGAAAUUGAGACUUUUUCGGAUAUAUAUUUGGAUCUUACACGACGAUGAGGAAUCCAUUUACAUGACAUCGUUGGCAGAGUUUAGGGCAGCCCCCAUGGAGGCGGAUAGCGUCUAGGGAGUUUCACCGAGCUAUGGAUCAUUUGAGAUACAAAUUACACAAGUGUCUGAAACCUCACAGAAUACUUGGCUUUGCCCUUUGCUACACCCUGACGUGCUUCAUAUUUCUCAGCCUGUACUACGAUGGCACCUCCAGGGUAGCCACGUCAAACCAAGUCAAAGCACUCCUAACCAACAACAUAACCGUUCACUCGCCCCCCGGGCCACCCAAAGAAGCCCAUCGAAAUGUCUCCCGAGAGAUCCUCCAGCUGCAGGACACGGCGGAGCAGCUGCAGCGGCAGAUCGAGCGUCAGACCGCAGAGCGCCCUCGCCCCAAGAAGUUCGACUGGCGAGAGUUGGUCAAGAGGGAUAUCUUCAAGGAGAAGAAGAAGCUGUUGUCUUCAAAUGACUACAGGCAUUUUGCGAACAAUAAGAGUCUCUCAUACCACUGUAAACGAUGUGCAAUAGUUUCCAGCUCCGGGCAGCUCCUUGGGAGAGGGGCGGGCCCCGAAAUUGAUAGCAACGAGUGCGUGAUACGCAUGAACGAUGCGCCCACCAAGGGCUUUGAACAGGACGUAGGAACAAAGACUUCAGUCCGUGUUAUAGGACACAGGAACCUGGGGCGCAUGUUUGCCAACCAGGAUGAACUCCAAGAUAAGAUGUUUUCCAAUCAUUCGACGGAGAAGGUCUUCGUCCACUGGUCUUACUUGACGGACAUUGAUGCCGACAAAGUGGAGGAGUACGCACUCGUUUUGAAACUCAUGGAGAAAUACCCCAAAGUGGACUUUGUGAUGUUUACGCCGCAAAAAAUGAAAUUUGCCGAAAAGCUCUUCCAUCAUGAAACAGAAUUAACAAGGAGACAAGCACGAACGUGGUUGUCGACAGGGUGGUAUACAAUGUUGCUUGCCAUGGAUGUCUGUGAUGAAAUCAAUGUCUAUGGUAUGGUCAGUGAGGAUUAUUGCAAGGAGCAUCCGAAUGAAAAGGUGCCUUAUCACUACUAUGAUCCUUCCACAACGGCUGAGUGUGCAUACUACCAUACAAGCGAGGUCAGGCUAUCCAGCGGCCAUCUAUUCAUCACGGAGAAAGCGGUCUUUGCCCGCUGGUCAAGCAUCUACAACAUCCGCUUCCAUUACCCCUAUUGGACUCCGAGACCGUACAGCGUCAGCGACGCGCUUAGAACUCCUUUCCUCUUGCGCUACCAUAUAGCAAACAAUCGACUCUUUGCGAAGUUUCCAUACUGGAAGCUGUAUUUUCAUUUUGCAGGAAUAUUCUACCCCCUGGUACAUUGAUGUCGGGGGCCAUUGUAGAUAGCGUAUGUUUGGUCGUUGUCGUCUUCUUGUCAUUGACAUUGUGCGUCAUUUUCGUGCCAUAUGGAAUGUUAUAGUCGCUUGGAAUGUGAAGUCGCUUGUGAUGUGAUACUAACAGGAGUCGGUUUGCAUAUCCAUGGAUUCGGGUCUAUGUGAAUUAGCUAUGAAUUGAUGGAAAGAUAUAAAGGUCAAAAGAAGAGGGAGGAAGAAUUUUUUCAGAAAACGGAAGGAUAAUGACAUAAUACAUCAUGGAAUCUGCACUAUCAACAUGUUCUUAAUUUUUCAUCAAGAAAGAAAGGUAUUCUAAUUCUUCAAAAGCUGCAGCAAUGGAUUCAUAAAGCAAGGAUUAUUACUGUACAUGAUUGGACAAUCCUGCAUCACAUGAUCUGUUUGCUGCUCUGUGAUUGGUGUAAUUCGGGAAUCUCAAUGAUAACGCCCUCAUGGAGAUCUUGCCAAGGCCCAUUCAAGAAGCGUUGAAUAAAUUACUUAAUAAUAGGUCACAUACAAUGACAUUGGAUGUGGCAAUAGUUUAUUGAAAUAGGUGAGGUAAUAUUAAGGUGGUAGGUUGUGUAUGGGCUGUGUUUUAUAUUAUCUGAAAGCUUUUUAUUCAAUUGAUAAUCAAAUGUACACAAUGAAACAUGAUGGAAAUUGUAUAACACUAUUAAAGCAUAACAAUACUAAUCUUAGCACUCGAUCAAAGGUCAGUUUUUUUUACAACUGACUUUAUUGAUUGUAUGCGAUCAGUCGUACAAACCAAUUAAAUGUCAAUCUCAUUUUUUUUCCAAUGGAGAUGGGGAUGAAUUAGGGGUGUUUAUGACUCAGAGAUGCCCUUUUAUCAUCUGAAUAAGGUUACAUUUUUUCAGCAUCAGGCAUUCAAUCUAACUUCGGUGUUAAGGGCAUCAGGAAAUUGUAAUAAUUAAAUAUGAAUAAUAAAAAACUUUUAAUAGUGGAAAUAGUAAAGGUACGAGGGAUUUUUAUACAAAACCUUAUCCACUACCCCUGAAAAUUAAAUGUAACAUUAGAAACCCCAUUUUUUUUUGGGGGGGUUGUUCCACUGUCAUUAUAUGUUUGAAAUGUAAUGAAGUCGAAAUGAAUUAUUGUUUAAUCAGAAAAGUCAUAUGGUAAAGAUGACAGAAGUGAAAACGAUUUUGAUGUACUUUUUAUACGGAAUGCGAUGCUUGGUAUUGUUUUUCUUUACUAUACUGUCUAUACAUGUACCUGUGCUUGAUUGAGGAUUUUUCCUCUUCCAUUUUUUUUAAAGACAAUGAAGGCAUCUUAUUGAUACCUGAGUCAGUUAAUUCCUUCCCAAAGAAACCUUGCAUUAACUUAUUGCCAUUGAGGUGUGACUAAUUAGUCUAGUCAUUCUAAUUAGUCAUUCUAAUUCAGUGUUGUACAUGUACAUUUCAAUUGCUUAUAAUGACAGUACAUGUACAUGUAGGUAAUCUGUGUCUGUGAUUGAUUUCUCAUUAAAAUCCACAUGAGAGGUGAGGAUGAGUCAUCGGGUGCAUUCGCACUCAAAUUCUUGUUCUAGAAUAAACGUUUUAAAUCAUGAUUGUACCUUUCGUUGUUUUCAUGAAUGCUUGUCAAGAACAGUGGGGGAGUUAAAGCAACAUAUGUUUACACUUUUGAAAAUUCACCUAGAUGUCAGUUUUCAUACCAACUAAUUUCUUAAUUUUGCGUGGAGGUAUUUUUUAUGCACUCAUCAUCCUAGUUAUCUUUGAUUUGAGUUAAAUACAGUGCGUCCCACAAAAAAGGAAACUGGGAUUCCCAUGUCGUUUUCUUCAUAAGAAAAUGGAUCCAUUUACAUAACCAUAUAAUUCAAUUAUUCUUCUUUAAAUUGUUACCUAAUAUGAGACGAAUAAUUUGCAUAUUAAUGAGGAAGACGAGUUUGAAAUUUCAA